AUGUUUGUUCCUUUGGCUGCCGUUGUCCUUCUGCAGGUCUUGGGAUUUGCCAAUUCUCAAGGAGGUUGUGGUGAAACUUGUCCGCCCCUAAACUACGGCACACCGGUCCCGUCUCUUUGUGAGGGAGAUCUUGCGGAAAACUAUACCAACAUCGACCGAGUAUAUGAGACUUGUCAUCCCACCGUUGGUGAUACCUUUAUGUUUCGAGACUUUAUGGGAGCAGGAAGAGUGACGGUUGUGAGCAACUUUUACAUUGGUUGUAAUGCGGGACGGCGAGAAACUGGAGUCUUCACGCAUGUGGCUCAACGGUACUAUCAACAAUACGGCGAUAGAACCAACUUUGUGACAAGUCUCAAGGGAGGUACCAACUGCGAGCGUUGGGCUGGUAUUUGGCAACUGGAUGCCAUCACUCUCUUCCCAGAUUCAGGCAUUGUACCUAGAGAAGUUCCUCUCACUGUCCUGGACCAGGAUUCUGCGCUUCGAGAUGACUUUUUCACCGCGCCCUUUCCCCAUCCUUCGUAUGUGAUUCUCGAUGGUGAUCUUAAAGUGAGGCACAAGAUCGUUGGUCCGUGUUGUGGCUUUGAGAGUUUCUUUGACUGCGUCGCUGAUACCGCCAGAGGUUUGGAACAGACUCUGACGAGAUACAUUGAUGCCAUUUUGGCAGAACCAGUGGUCGAAUCAGGUAUGGAGGCACCACCAGCUGAACCCAUGGUUCCAGAUCCAGCCCCCGGUGACGAGCCUGCGACGGCGGAUUCCCAGUGCACUUGGUCGGAUUGGUCCGAGUGUAGCGUGACCUGUGGUGACGGCAUUCAGUUUCGUUGGAGUACUGGAGAAUGUGAAGGAGCGCCCGUCGUCACUCAACCUUGUUCCAUGGCACCUUGCGUGGAGGAUGCUGCCCAAUGUGUACCCGAGUUUGGCGCAACGCACGAAGUUGUCACUGUGGCAUCCGGAUUUGAUGGUCCUCGUGAUCUGGCUUUCCACCCCACACCUGGCUUUCACCUAGGAAACUUUUCAGAGGGCCGACCUUUUUACCCUGACGAAGGCGAAGAGGCGUGGAUCGUCAACGCUUUGAAUCACUCAGUAUCGAUUGUUGCUUCGCUCGGCAGUCCCAGGCAGACCACCAUCAGUAGAAGAGAUCGAGGAUACUAUCACUACAUGAUCAAUGCGACAGCACUGGCCUUUAACAUGGUUUCAGAUUCAGGCCGCUCUUCUGAUCGUGACUCGUUCAACUACUGGGCUGUUUGUAACGAUGACAUGAACACCUAUUUGGGCCUCAAAGAGCCCAACAAUUUCAUGGGACCCACGCUGUACAACAGUGCUCCUCGUAAUCGCAACAUUGUCAAUCGACUGGGGGAAGAGUGUGAACCAGACGAGGAAUGCUUCUUCUUGCAUGCUGACAUGCUGCACGAGGCACCAGGUUGUAUUGGGAUGGCGCAUGAUCCUGAAUUGAGGACCACGUACGGGAAUGUGUACUGGCUUUUUGACACUACAGGCAAUCAAGAGAACGGACAGCUUGUGAGGUUUGAUUUCCAGCAACCCCACGGCCCGGGUAGCAUGGACCACUCCAUUGCAGCCGUGCGACGGUUCCCGGACGUGCAACUCACACGAGGUGACCCUGGUGUCCACGCUGGAAUGAUAGUCCACCCUGUAACACGAGAACUGUUCAUUUCUGUGCCUGGUGAAAACAAGGUUAUUGCUGUUCAUGCUGACUCUGGAGCCUACGCGAGAACAGCAAGGCAGGAGUAUCCGAUCUUUAGCAGCCGACUUCCGUCGUUUGAAUACAGCAUUUGGGAGUGUCCCGAGCAACGCGACUUUGCGACUGACAUCGACACCCCAACAGGUCUGGCCAUUAGCCCGGACGGUGAACGGUUGUUCGUGGCUGAGAGAGCAACUGGAAUUAUUCACGCCUUUGAAAUCAAAUCGGGCUCUAAAUUGUUUGGUAUUGCUACAGGAUACUCUACCAUUGGUGGAAUGGAGUUCUCACCCACAUCUCAAGUGUUGCACUUUGUCGAUGAGGCCACCAAUACACUCAAUGCUGUGCGACCCAACUCCACAUGUGCCAGUCCUGUCCCCAGCCGCGUCAACCCAUCGUUUGACAGCAUGGCCACAACAGCACAAGAAACACUGGGGCGAGACUUCUCCUUGUACAGGGACUACGAAUGUGUUGUGGACGCACUAAUCCCCGACGCAAUCUACUUCGAUCAAGUUCACGAUGACACGGGAUAUGCCAGCAACGAUACCAAUGUACAAAGCAACAUGACCGGAAUGGAUGCAUCAGCUGCUUUGCUUGCAGACAGGUUUGAUUGUGAGUAUGACUCCGAAUUGAACUUUGAUGCCCUCCUCUUGGGUGGAUACUUUUGCCAUCAAUGCCUGCCAUCCGGAGGAGCCGAGUGCGACCCAGGCGGUCGAUGUGCCAACGUACAGUGGGACGGGUACACAUGCGACAAUGAGUUUCUGGUAGUCCAGGAUCCCUCGACCGAUGCUGUUAUGCUGACGUACCCCGACCACUCGCCAGUUGACAUGCAGUCGGUGAUGCUCAAACCAGGUGUCACAUAUCGGUUUACUGUGAAGGGUGACAUUACAGCCUGUUUGUACGACUCUCCCGACCCGGCAGCAAAUCCCAUUGAAAGUGGCUGCAUGACCAAGGGUCCCCUGUUGACUUCGAUUGAUGCUGGAAGCUCUCGAACUUUCGAUCAGGGUGUGUACUUGCGUGCCGACGGCGAGCUCAUCAUGCUUCCAGUCGAGCAGCGAAGACUCAGGAGCUAG